AUGAUCGUCACACUGCGCCAGUGCCAGUGCCGCAGCGCUGCGGCAGCUCCCACAGCGGUUACUUCAUGGCUAAAGAAAUUUUUUGGGGAUGCGCCCAUUCUGCAGUACGAGGCGAACGCGCAGACCAUCGAUAUCCUGUACGAGCUGGUUGAGAACAAUGAGGCCUGUGAAAGGGAUGCUGAGUUGCUCAUUGAUGACAUGAACCACAUGGCAGCAAGUUACCAAGAGGAAGCCAAGUAUCUAGAGGCUCUUCUCACAAAACACCUGGGCUUUUCCAUAACUAGUCUGUCCCAAGAGGGCACCAGUUACCUAAAUGAACUGGUAAACACCGCCUUAACACUCGAAAUAAAGGACACGUCUCUUUCCAGUUUUGUCACUGCCGUAAACGAUAUGACUUGGGAGCUGUGUGAAACAGAAUCAGAAAACAGAGAAUUGGAAUGCGAAUUGACCACCAUUAAGAAAAAGCUAACUGCAGCACUGGUGCUGGAAAAACAGCUGCAAGAGGAUCUUAAAAAAACAGAGGAAGAUUUGGAGAUAGAAGAGGCACAAACUAAGAGCCGAUCCCAGAACUUGAACUUCCUGCAAAACAAAUCUGAGGAUUUCAAAACCAGAAUCAAGACUGCUGAGGAGCAGUUGGCAGCCAUCGGGUUGGACCAGUCUUUGAUGCAUCAGUCGUUAGUGGACCUGUCAGAGGAACUGUCUACAUUAGAAAAAGAAGUUAAGUCCUUGGAGAAGCAACUGGAGCCCUACUACGAUUUAGCUCCUAAUCCUUCCCUCGUGAAAGUGAAGAUUGAAGAAGCAAAACGGGAACUGGAUGCCCUGAAAGCAGAGGUGGCAGCGCACGUUAACAAGCUGGCUCUUUCCAUGCCGGAAUCCAGCAAAUUCUAA